GUAAAUUUGAUCAUCAAAGUUGGUUCUCUUGUCAAAAAUCUGACCCAUUCCUUUUGUAUUUUUAGGAAUUAAUUUUCAAUUUCUUUUAAUAUAUUGGUUUACAAUUAUGUCGAAUUUAACAGAAACAGAAAAUGACAAGCAAGAGAAGACCGAACAAAUAGAUAUACCGAUCGAUUACUCGAUAAAGCAUCCUUUACAAAACUGCUGGACUUUGUGGUACUUCGAAAACGACCGAAAUAAUUCCUGGGAAAACAAUUUGAAGGAAAUUGCUUCGUUUCAAACCGUCGAAGAUUUUUGGAGUUUGUACAAUCAUAUAAAGUUAGCGAGCGAACUGAAACAGGGAUGCGACUAUUCCCUUUUUAAAAAGGGAGUCAAGCCCAUGUGGGAGGAUGAAAUGAAUAGACGCGGAGGUCGAUGGCUAAUCAGUUUAGAGAAAAAACAACGCCAAGAAUUAGACCGAUUCUGGCUAGAUAUUAUCUUAUGUCUAAUUGGAGAGGCGUUUGAGAAUUCCGAUGAGGUGUGUGGCGCAGUAGUAAAUGUACGUGGAAAAGGUGAUAAAAUAGGUUUAUGGACGUCUGAUGCCAAUAAUACAAAUGCGGUUCUAGAAAUUGGACGUAAAGUUAAAGAUAGACUACGUAUUCCGACGAAAGUGUUAAUUGGGUAUCAGAGCCACAAAGAUACAAUGGAUAAAUCUGGCUCCGUUACAAAAAGUUCAUAUACUUUAUAAAUUAAAGAAUGUAUUUGGCAGUUUGGGCAUGCUAGUUUCUUGUUCAACUUUUGUAACGUUUCAUUCUAAGUGGUGAUGUAUAAGGAUACAUCAGUUUGUUUAAUAUACAGUUUAAAGUAA